AUGCUUAAAUGUUUUUGUAGAGGAUCUCUGGCAAAUUUAAGAAAUAAUGUAAGAGUUCCUACAAAAUUAAGAAUAAAUAAAUUCUCAACCUCUAAUAGAAACCAUACAAGUUAUGAUAAAGAUGAAUUCCGGAGAUUUUCAAGGGGAGAAGUCGAGCGAUUACCGUUUUCUGAUCCUUAUUUCGAGCACCUGGAAGCCAACUAUUUGGAAGCUCCACUGGAUUUGAAUACAAGUUCUGUAUCAGAAUCACCUUUACUUACUAGAAAUAACGUAGGAUUAGGGUUUUUAAUACUCAAUAGUGAAUAUAUUGGAAGUAAAUGCGUUUCUAAUUUAUAUCGAGAGUUGCUUGAAUUAGAGAAUAAUGUGUACAAAAGAUUUGUUGUUCUCACCUCUAUGAGCAGAAAUGUAUUUUCUAAAGGACUAGAUCCCUCAGAACUCCAUCUGUUCCAUGAUUCGAUCCUUAAAUUAUCAAGCUUAAAGGAAACACCCUUAAAGAAAAAUCCAGAUUUUAAAUUGGAUUUGAUAAAUUUAAACUUGGAGCGUUUUAAAAAGGCUCUCGAAGAGUAUGUUAAAAAUGUAUUACAACUUUUGUACAUUAUUAAGACGUACCGGAAACCCCUAAUUAUAUAUGGCAAUGGCCAAAUGGAAUCUUUUGGUUCAAACUUGUGCUUUAUAUCCUCCUUUUCAUCGUGUUACAAACACUCAACAUAUCAAGCGAACACAGAUCAAACGCUUUUUAAUAACUUCGGAUCGACUUUUGUGUUAUCCAACUUGAGAGGAAACUUGGGCAAAUACUUGUUGUUGACCAACGAUUUGUUGGUCGGGAAGGAUUUAAUCUGGUCAGGCCUGGCCAAAAAGUUCAUCGAACCCAGUUCCAUCAACAACAUCCAAAUUAUCUCAGACAGAUUGGUUGAAUUGCCCGAAAAAUAUGUUGAAAGCUACAUAAACGAGUUUAACAUAAACUUGAGUUCGCCAGAUUUUAAGCUCAAGAAUUACGAAAGUGUCAUUAAUGAACACUUCAAACAUGAUAACAUCAGGGAUAUCGUAGCCAGUCUCAAAAACUCCUUCAAUAAAGCUAAAAGCAAGAAUGUAAACGAUUCAGAUAUUCCAAAUUUCGAGCAAACAAUUCUAGAGAAUAUGCCAAAGUCAAGUGACACCAACUCUAGUGGUGUCAAUGUUCUGGAUGGUAUGCUUGAAAUUAUCAAAAAACUAAAGGUGACCAAGUAUAAAAUACUCUCCGAUCUGAAGAUAGGCGUGAAUGAGUGGUCGAGCAUGGUAAACUUGUCCUACAAGAGCACCAGUACCAUAAAGCAGGAGAACGCAAAGCUGCUGUACAACUUGAUCAUGGAGAUUCUCCUAAUAGAGUCCCUAAAGCUGGAAUCGAAGUUGUUUUUCAAGUCUUUUAGGAUGGAUGUGGACUUUUCCUCAGUUUUUGACUCCUUAUUUGACAGGAGCACAAGCAGUUACAGCGGGCACGAGUCUGGGAAUGUAAAGGAUGCUUUGGCAUGCAUGAAGCAGUUUUUAAAUAUAAAAUAG